AUGGCUGACGGCAACCCAAAUAAGGCAGAUGCAAAAUCAUCGGAAGCUGCUGUUGAAGCUUCGCAGGUAUACUUAGAAAAAUUAAUUGAGCGAGCUGCUGCAAAAGAUGCCAUCAGAGACUUCGACUCAGCUGCGGAAAUAUAUUCUGAAGCCACCGAACUCCAGGCUAAGCUUAAUGGGGAAUUGUCACUCGAUAACGCCGAUCUACUUUUUUCCUAUGGGAAGGCUCUAUACAACGUCGCUAUAAGCAAAAGUGAUGUCCUUGGAUCGAAAGUAGCAGGUGAAACACAAUCUCAGUCACAAAGUGAACCUGCUCAGGUUGAACUAUCAUCUGGACCCACGUCGACUGGCGACAACCUUAUCCAAGACGCAGUUACCAGGGGUUUGGCUUCGAAGGAGCCGCUUCAGGGUGGUACUCUACCUGUUCAGGCCAAAAAUAAGCCAUUCUUUCAGUUCAGCGGGGACGAAAAUUUUGAUGACUCGGACACUGAGGGGGAUGAAGAUGACAAAGAAACUGCUGGUGUCGAUGAAGAUGAAGAUGAUUUUGCCAACGCUUUCGAAGUUCUUGAUCUAGCCCGUAUACUCUAUCACAAGAAAUUAACUGCAAUUGACGAUGCGUCUGGGAAAGGAAAGUCAGCAGCCCUACCAUCUAUCAUCAGACACAUCAAGGAACGUCUUGCAGAUACGUAUGAUUUGCAGGCGGAAAUCUCGUUGGAAGCGGAAAGAUUUGUUGAUGCAAUCGCUGAUUUGAGGGCCGCUCUCGAUUUGAGGCAGACUUUGUUUUCAGUGGAACACCCUUCUGUUGCUGAAUGUCACUACAAGCUUUCGCUCGCCUUAGAGUUUGGGUCAGUGCAGAGGAGAAAUGACAAUUCUGAAAGUGACAACAAUUCGCAAAGGCAAUUUGAUGAACAAAUGAGGAAGGACGCGGCGACUCAGAUGGAAAAAGCUAUUGAAAGCUGUCGUAUCAGAAUGUCUCAAGAGCAGAAAAAGCUGAAUAGUGAAAAUUCUUUGGAUGAGGAUAAAGGGGCAGCUAUGAGAAGAAGAAUUGCCAACGUUAAGGAUAUAAUAGCUGAUAUGGAACAGAGACUCAUCGAUCUCCGCCACCAACCAGUGUCGUUGGAAGACAGUGAUGGAGAGAACGAAGCCGUCCUCAAGGGCAUUUUAGGACAAAUUAUGGGACAGUCUCCUGCCGAGCAAAAAGAUCGAUUAGAGACAGUCACAAAAGAGGCCAACGACCUAUCCGCCUUCGUCAAGCGGAAACCAACUGGAAAACAAUCAUCUCAAGUGACCGACUUGCCUCAUAUGCAUAAGCGCGCAGCCCCUGAAGUUAUCCGGGAAGACGAUGCGAAAAGGAUUCGUACGGAUAGUACAACUAAUAAUCGCCAGCGAGAAUAA